GUGUUCGUCAAUUUUUGGAUAUAUGGGUAAUAAAAUGGGUCCUAGAACACCAAUAGAGAGAGAACGUUGAGAAAUUCAGAUAUCCAAGGGGUAGAGAGAGAGAGAGAGAGAGAGAGGGAGAGAGAGUUGCAGGUUAAGCUCGGAAGGAAGAAAGCGAUGGCGUCGUCAUUGACCAAGUGGCUCGUGGAUCCGAAGAAGAACUGGUUCGCCAAACAACACAUGAAAUCCGUCUCCACGCGCCUCCGCAGAUACGGUCUACGAUACGACGAUCUGUACGAUCCGUAUUACGAUCUGGACAUUAAGGAAGCGUUGAAUCGUCUCCCAAGGGAGAUUAUUGACGCCAGGAACCAACGCCUCAAGCGAGCUAUGGACCUCUCCAUGAAGCACGAGUACCUCCCUGAGGACCUCCAGGCAAUGCAGACACCAUUCAGGAGUUAUGUGCAAGAUAUGUUGGCCCUUGUGAAGAGGGAGAAUGCCGAACGUGAAGCUUUGGGAGCUUUGCCCCUCUAUCAGCGCUCACUUCCUUGAUCCUACUACUGUUUCUAUCUACUGCAUUUAUACUUCAAUUUGAAGUAUAUGCCUUUAAUUGAAAGAAUAAGAUGUGUUUUGCUCAGUCCAUCGCUAGUAGAGUGCACAAGAAUUUUGGCAGUGCUCCUGAGUCUAUUUCCUCUUUAUGUGUCUUGUCACUGAAAUGCCGAGUCACUAUAGGUGCUUGUUUGCACAUUGGUUUACCUGGAGUAAUGAUCCUAGACUGGUAUUUCUGUUAUGAUUGUCUGAUGAACAGCUAUAGCCGCUCUUUCCUAAAUUGUUUGAUCAACCCGUAUGGAUGUUUCUGAGCA